AUGUACCUUUGGAUUUCUCUUCUGUCAUUAACAACCCUUGCUACGGCAGCAUGUGCCGGUAGCAGAUUCCCGAGACCACAGAUCCAGCCUUGGGUGCCUCCUGGACCAGAUGAUUCUCGAGGACCGUGUCCUAUGCUCAACACCCUUGCCAAUCAUGGCUACCUACCUCACCAUGGCCACAAUAUCACAGCCUCACAAAUUGAAAACGCCUUCACCAGAUUCCUCAACGUCGAAGCAGGCUUCGCCGAUCCCGCCAGAGACUUCGCCAAAGCCUUCGGCCAUGACGUCUUCAACCUGGUCGACCUCAACACACCAGGCAUCAUACAGCACAUCACCUCUCUCACCAGAGACGACUACACCCCUGAGGAGCCUCACCUGAAAGCAGAUCCGCUCCGGAUAGAGCGCCUCCUCGCUGACAGCGACACUCCCUUUCUCACCGUCGACUCCAUCGCAAAGUCCCGUCUGCGCCUUAUCAAAGAGUCAGAACCUAGAGUCCUUCCCGACAACCAAGUCACGUUUACUCUAUUUGAAGCUGCAAUGACCCUUACCAUGAUGUCCGAUGACAGUCCCGAUGCGGACUUUCAUCCGCCUCCUUCGGCAUACAAGGGCCCCAAGGACCGUAUUAGGACCUGGUUUGAGGAGGAGAGGUUUCCCACGGAGUUUGGUUGGAAGCCGUCAAGGAGGACGAUCAAACUGGCUGAUAUGAACCCUGCGAUUGACGCGAUUGUGAAGUCGAUGGAGAAGCAGGAUAAGACGAGUCACAUUCCGAUGAAGUUCCACAGUUGA